AUGGGGCAGAGGGAAGAGGGAGCCAAAGAGCUAGGGGGAGACAAGGAGGAGCAGAGGCGGAGCACAGCAGCAGCGAAGCCAGAGGCGAAGGAGAGAUGGGGAGAUGGGGCAGAGACAGGGAUGGAGGUGGCCUCACUCACCCCUGGGGCUUCUGAGGACUUAGGACAGGGCCCGCAGCAGCCCUCAGCCUGGAAGAGGCAUCUGUGCCUGAAACCUGGCCCUGGCCUGGCUGGGGAAGCUUCCUUCUAAGGUGAGAACCACCUGGAGGUGCCUGUGGCCACGGCUAUGACUGACAAACACCUACAGCUGCAGUUCUCCACAUCCCAGCCCGAAGCCCUCCUUCUCCUGGCAGCAGGCCCAGCUGACCACCUCCUGCUGCAGCUCUACUCUGGACGCCUGCAGGUCAGACUUGUCCGAAGCCAGGAGGAGCUGAGGCUGCAGACUCCAGCAGAGACGCUGCUGAGUGACUCCGUUCCCCACACUACGGUGCUGACUGUCGUAGAGGGCUGGGCCACAUUGUCAGUUGGUGGGUUUCUGAACGCCUCCUCUGCAGUCCCAGGAGCCCCCCUAGAGGUCCCCUGUGGGCUCUUUGUUGGGGGCACUGGGACCCUUGGCCUGCCCUACCUGAGGGGAACCAGCCGACCCCUGAGGGGUUGCCUCCAUGCGGCCACCCUCAAUGGCCGCAGCCUCCUCCGGCCUCUGACCCCCGAUGUGCGUGAGGGCUGUGCUGAAGAGUUUUCUGCCGGUGAUGAUGUGGUCCUGGGCUUCUCUGGGCCCCACUCUCUGGCUGCCUUCCCUGCCUGGGGCACUCAGGACGAAGGAACCCUAGAGUUUACACUCACCACACAGAGCCGGCAGGCACCCUUGGCCUUCCAGGCAGGGGGCCGGCGUGGGGACUUCAUCUAUGUGGACAUAUUUGAGGGCCACCUGCGGGCCGUGGUGGAGAAGGGCCAGGGUACCGUAUUGCUCCACAACAGUGUGCCUGUGGCCGACGGGCAGCCCCAUGAGGUCAGUGUCCACAUCAAUGCUCACCGGCUGGAAAUCUCCGUGGACCAGUACCCCACGCAUACUUCGAACCGAGGAGUCCUCAGCUACCUGGAGCCACGGGGCAGUCUCCUUCUCGGGGGGCUGGAUGCAGAGGCCUCUCGUCACCUCCAGGAAUACCGCCUGGGCCUGACACCAGAGGCCACCAAUGCCUCCCUGCUGGGCUGCAUGGAAGACCUCAGUGUCAAUGGCCAGAGGCAGGGGCUGAGGGAAGCUUUGCUGACGCGCAACAUGGCGGCUGGCUGCAGGCUGGAGGAGGAGGAGUAUGAGGACGAUGCCUAUGGCCAUUAUGAAGCUUUCUCCACCCUGGCCCCCGAGGCUUGGCCUGCCGUGGAGCUGCCUGAGCCAUGCGUGCCUGAGCCAGGGCUGCUUCCUGUCUUUGCCAAUUUCACACAGCCUAUCAGCCCACUGGUGGUGGCUGAGGGGGGCACAGCCUGGCUUGAGUGGCGGCACGUGCAGCCCACGCUGGACCUGAUGGAGGCUGAGCUGCGCAAAUCCCAGGUGCUGUUCAGCGUGACCCGAGGGGCACGCCAUGGCGAGCUCGAGCUGGACAUCCCGGGAGCCCAGGCACGAAAAAUGUUCACCCUCCUGGACGUGGUGAACCGCAAGGCCCGCUUCAUCCACGAUGGCUCUGAGGACACCUCCGACCAGCUGGUGCUGGAGGUGUCAGUGACGGCUCGAGUGUCCAUGCCCUCAUGCCUGCGGAGGGGCCAAACUUACCUCCUGCCCAUCCAGGUCAACCCUGUCAACGACCCACCCCACAUCAUCUUCCCACAUGGCAGCCUCAUGGUGAUCCUGGAACACACGCAGAAGCCUCUGGGGCCCGAGGUUUUCCAGGCCUAUGACCCGGACUCUGCCUGUGAGGGCCUCGCCUUCCAGGUCCUUGGCACCUCCUCUGGCCUCCCCGUGGAGCGCCGAGACCAGCCUGGGGAGCCGGCAACCGAGUUCUCCUGCCGGGAGUUGGAGGCCGGCAGCCUAGUCUAUGUCCACCGCGGUGGCCCUGCGCAGGACUUGACGUUCCGGGUCAGCGAUGGACUGCAGGCCAGCCCCCCGGCCACGCUGAAGGUGGUGGCCAUCCGGCCAGCCAUACAGAUCCACCGCAGCACAGGGCUGCGCCUGGCCCAAGGCUCUGCCAUGCCCAUCUUGCCCGCCAACCUGUCGGUGGAGACCAGUGCCGUGGGGCAGGAUGUGAGCGUGCUAUUCCGCGUCACUGGUGCCCUGCAGUUCGGGGAGCUGCAGAAGCAGGGGGCAGGUGGGGUGGAGGGUGCUGAGUGGUGGGCCACACAGGCGUUCCACCAGCGGGAUGUGGAGCAGGGCCGCGUGAGGUACCUGAGCACCGACCCACAGCACCACACUGACGACACCGUGGAGAACCUGGCCCUGGAGGUGCAGGUGGGCCAGGAAAUCCUGAGCAAUCUGUCCUUCCCAGUGACCAUCCAGAGAGCCACCGUGUGGAUGCUGUGGCUGGAGCCACUGCACACUCAGAACACCCAUCAGGAGACCCUCACCACAGCCCACCUGGAGGCCACCCUGGAGGAGGCAGGCCCAAGCCCCCCAACCUUCCAUUAUGAGGUGGUUCAGGCUCCCAGGAAAGGCAACCUUCAACUACAGGGCACGAGGCUGUCAGAUGGCCAGGGCUUGACCCAAGAUGACAUACAGGCUGGCCGGGUGACCUAUGGGGCCAUGGCACGUGCCUCGGAGGCAGUCAAGCACACCUUCUGUUUCCAUGUCACAGCUCCACAUUCCCCCUGCUCUGUACUCUCCAUCCACAUUGGUGAUGACCCAGACGUGCCCAUCCUCACCAAUGUCUUCCUUGUGGUGCCUGAGGGUGGUGAGAGUGUCCUCUCUGCUGCCCGCCUCUUUGUCAAGAGUCUCAACAGUGCCAGCUACCUCUAUGAGGUCAUGGAGCGGCCCCGCCAUGGGAGGUUGGCUUGGCGUGGGACACAGGACAAGACCACUAUGGUGACAUCCUUCACCAACGAAGACCUGUUGCGUGGCCGGCUGGUCUACCAGCAUGAUGACUCCGAGACCACAGAAGAUGAUAUCCCAUUUGUUGCUACCCGCCAGGGCGAGAGCAGUGGUGACAUGGCCUGGGAGGAGGUACGGGGUGUCUUCCGAGUGGCCAUCCAGCCCGUGAAUGACCACGCCCCUGUGCAGACCAUCAGCCGGAUCUUCCAUGUGGCCCGGGGCGGGCGGCGGCUGCUGACUACGGACGACGUGGCCUUCAGCGAUGCUGACUCGGGCUUUGCUGAUGCCCAGCUGGUGCUGACCCGCAAGGACCUCCUCUUUGGCAGUAUCGUGGCCGUAGAUGAGCCCACACGGCCCAUCUACCGCUUCACCCAGGAGGACCUCAGGAAGAGGCGAGUACUGUUCGUGCACUCAGGGGCCGACCAUGGCUGGAUCCAGCUGCAGGUGUCCGAUGGGCAACACCAGGCCACUGCGCUGCUGGAGGUGCAGGCCUCGGAGCCCUACCUCCGUGUGGCCAACGGCUCCAGCCUUGUGGUCCCUCAAGGAGGCCAGGGCACCAUCGACACGACCGUGCUCCACCUGGACACCAACCUCGACAUCCGCAGUGGGGAUGAGAUCCACUACCACGUCACAGCCGGCCCUCGCUGGGGACAGCUACUCCGGGCCAGUCAGCCAGCCACAGCCUUCUCCCAGCAGGACCUGCUGGAUGGGGCCGUUCUCCAUAGCCACAAUGAAAGCCCCAGCCCCAAUGACACCCUGCCCUUCUCCGUGGAAAUGGGGCCAGUGCACAUGGAUGCCGCCCUACAAGUGACCAUUGCCCUAGAGGGCCCACUGGCCCCUCUGAAGCUGGUCCGGCAGAAGAAGAUCUAUGUCUUCCAGGGAGAGGCAGCUGAGAUCAGAAGGGACCAGGUGGAGGCAGCCCAGGAGGCAGUGCCGCCGGCAGACAUUGUAUUCUCAGUGAAGAGCCCACCGAGUGCCGGCUACCUGGUGAUGGUGUCGCGUGGCGCCUUGGCAGAUGAGCCACCCAGCCUGGACCCCGUGCAGAGCUUCUCCCAGGAGGCAGUGGACACAGGCAGGGUCCUGUACCUGCACUCCCGCCCUGAGGCCUGGAGUGAUGCCUUCUCGCUGGAUGUGGCCCCAGGCCUGGGUGCUCCCCUCGAGGGCAUCCUUGUGGAGCUGGAGGUGCUGCCCGCUGCCAUCCCACUGGAGGUGCAAAACUUCAGUGUCCCUGAGGGUGGCAGCCUCACCCUGGCCCCUCCACUGCUCCGCGUCACCGGGCCCUACUUCCCCACUCUCCCGGGCCUCGGCCUGCAGGUGCUGGAGCCACCCCAGCAUGGAGCCCUGCAGAAGGAGGAUGGACCUCAAGCCAGGACCCUCAGCGCCUUCUCCUGGAGAGAGGAAUGGCUCUGAUCUGCCUACGUGCAUGACGGGAGCGAGAUACUGACAGACAGUUUUGUCCUGAUGGCUAACACCUCCGAGAUGGACCACCAGAGCCAUCCUGUGGCCUUCACUGUCACUGUCCUGCCUGUCAAUGACCAACCCCCGGUCCUCACCACAAACACAGGCCUGCAGAUGUGGGAGGGGGCCACUGCGCCCAUCCCUGCGGAGGCUCUGAGGAGCAUGGACGGCGACUCUGAGUCCGAGGAUCUGGUCUACACCAUCGAGCAGCCCAGCAACGGGCGGGUAGUGCUGUUGGGGGCGCCGGGCACCGAGGUGCGCAGCUUCACGCAGGCCUAGCUGGACGGCAGGCUCGUGCUGUUCUCACACAGAGGAACCCUGGAUGGAGGCUUCCGCUUCCGCCUCUCUGACGGCGAGCACACUUCUUCUGGAUACUUCUUCCGAGUGAUGGCCCAGAAGCAAGUGCUCCUCUCGCUGGAGGGCAGCCGGACACUGACUGUCUGCCCAGAGUCCAUCCAGCCACUCAGCAUCCAGAGCCUCAGAGCCAGCUCCAGCACAGGCACCGACCCCCAGCUCCUGCUCUACCGUGUGGUGCGGGGCCCCCAGCUAGGCCGGCUGUUCCACGCCCAGCAGGACAGCACAGGGAAGGCCCUGGUGAACUUCACUCAGGCAGAGAUAAGGGCCCCACUCUGGAGCCACCACUCAGAUGCCCCCAGCCUCAGGUGGCCGCUGUGCCAUGGACAUCAUGUGGACACGGGUGCCAGCUCUGGCAUCACUGGCAGCAGACACCCCCAGGCUUGCCAUAGUCCAGGCCCUGGUGUCCUGCCUUCCAGGAGCUGCCAUGCUGGCAGGGCAAGUUCAUGUUCCUAG